AUGCAAUAUCAUCAUUAUGAUAGACAAGAAGAUCAUGAUAGAUCAUCCUUUUCUUCUUCUUCAUCAUCAUCUUCUACUGUUUCUAAUAUUACGGAACAUAGUCAGUUACUACCUUACAAAACAAUUCAUACCCAAGAUACUACUUACAAACAAGAAAUCUAUUGGUUAUUUAUUAACAGUUUACCAAUCAUCAUCACUUAUUUACUACAAACAUCAUUUCAAGUAGCCAGUAUCUUUGUCUUAGGUCAUCUUGGUCCUAUUGAAUUAGGUGCUGCCGCUUUGGGUAGUAUGUUUGCAAGUGUGACUGCCUGGAGUACUGCCUUAGGAUGUGCUACUGCAUUGGAUACAACCCUCUCUCAAGCUUUUAGUGGUAGUACUACUGUCAAAACUUUACUUGGUAUUCAUCUGCAAAGAGCUCUAGUGAUUUUGGCUUUGAUGUUUAUCCCUAUCUCGAUGAUUUGGUGGAACGCAACUUGGAUUCUCUUGAAAUUGAAUCAAGAAGAAGAUAUUGCCAUUUAUACUGGUUUGUUCAUGCGGUAUUUAUUAAUUGGUGCUCCUGCCUAUAUUGCAUUUGAAGCAGUUAAAAAAUAUUUACAAGCUCAAGGAAUCAUGUACGCUUCAACAUAUUGUCUUCUUAUUGCUUCUCCUAUCAAUGUUGGACUGAAUUACCUAUUUGUAAAUACAUUUGGUCUUGGAUUCAUUGGUGCACCUUUGGCGACAAGUUGUAGUUAUUGGUUAAUGCUACUUCUCUUACUAUGUUAUAUCAAUAUUUCCGGUCAUGGCAAGGAAGGAUGGGGUGGAUGGAACUGGAAAGAAUGUAGAAAAAAUUGGGGUUCGUUCCUUCGAUUGGCUAUCCCGGGCAUGCUGGUGGUCAUGUCAGAAUGGUGGGCAUUUGAACUGGCUUCUUUAGCAUCUUCCUAUUUGGGUACAAAUGCACUGGCAUCACAAUCUAUAGUGAUGUCGAUCUCUUCAUGUACUUACACUAUCCCAUAUGGCUUAGGGGUGGCAGUGGCGAAUCGUGUUGGCAACUCUCUUGGUGAAGCAAAUGGACAAAAGGCACAUCAUGCAUCAAUGACAGCAUUAGGAUUUGCGAUUGGAUUGGCGUGCAUGAAUUCUUCCGUCUUGUUAUUUCUUCGACAUUCUAUUGGAUAUUGGUUUUCUCCAGAUAAGGAUGUGGUGACAUUGGUGGCUAAGGUCUUGCCGUUAUUAGCUUUUUUCCAGAUCGCUGACAGUUUGGCUUCUGUGUGUGGAGGUAUCAUGCGAGGGCUUGCCAAGCAACAGAUAGCGGCCAAUAUCAACCUGGUAGCUUAUUACUGUAUCGCUCUUCCCUUGGGCUUUUACUUGACCUUCCCAUUACAUUUUGGCUUAAUGGGCUUAUGGGGUGGUCUAUCUAUUGCUUUAUUCUUAUGUGCUCUUGGUCAAUCUUUCUGUCUAUACCGUGUCCAUUGGCAACUGGAAGCUCGAAAAGCUCAUCAUCGUGUACGACAAGAAGAACAGGUCUUUUUGUAUUUACCUUCAUAGAUGCAUCAUCAUCCACCAUUAUCAUUUAUCAACAAUCAAAUAUAUCAUCAUCAAACAUCAUUCAUUAUUUACCAAUAUCAAAUAUAUAUCAUCUGUUAUUAUUAUUGUCAUCGUCAUUGUUACUAUAUCAUUUUGCCUAUCUAUAUUUCAUCUUUUUUUUUUUAUCAAUAAAAUCUAUCUACUGUAUUUACCCA